AAAUACGACGUUGACGUGUUGACAGUUACGCAAACGUCUAUUAUACAUUUAAUGUCAAAAAAAACAAAGAAAUGUAAAUUACGACAUGGCUGGUUUUCGAGAUAUAGACAAAGCUUUAUUUCCAAUAAAAAGUAUUAACACGGUGGUACAACUAUUUAAAAAUCAAUUAGAAAGUCCGUCAGAGCCUGAUCUGGCGUUACUUUCAAUUGUAGCGGGCGUAAUCGAAAAUUGUUUAACAAGCCGGUCUAAUACCGCGCUUCAAAUAUCCGAACCAGUAGAACAAAAUAAUUUACCGAUUUUAGAAUUGAAAACAGUUGAAAUUUUAUACAACAAAUUUCGAAGUAUCAUGUUUAAUGCUGUAGAACAAAAUAAAUCAAAAUCGUUUGCUACCAGAGAUCUCGUCAAGAAAGUAUCAGAUGUUAUCUGGAAUUCGUUAACGAGGAGUUACUAUAAAGACAGAGCACAUUUACAAAGUUUGUACAGCUAUUUAAGCGGUAGUAAAUUGGAUUGUUUCGGGGUAGCUUUCGCCGUUGUAGCCGGUUGUCAAUGUUUGGGUUAUAAUGACGUACAUUUAGCGCUUUCCGAGGAUCACGCUUGGGUUGUUUUCGGUGAAAAUGGUACCGAAACGGCAGAAGUAACAUGGCACGGUAAAGGAAACGAGGAUAAAAGGGGACAGGAAAUCGGCAAAGGUGUAUCUGCGAGAUCUUGGUUAUAUGUAAAUAACAAACCGGUUAUUUGUACUAGACAUAUGGAAGUUGCAGCUUUGGUUUCAGCUAUAGAUCCAUCUUUGAAUUCAACACAUGAUGCUUAUGAAGUUGCUCUACUUCAGCAAGAACUAUUGUGGUUACUAUAUGGUCUUGGACAUUUAAAAAAAUAUCCAAUGGCUAUUGGAAAUUUGGGUGAUUUGGAAGAAAUUUCUGCUACUGAAGGUAAAGUACCAUGUAAAUCUUUAUUUGAAGAAGCUAUUUAUUCUGCAAGGACGUAUUAUAACAAUCAACAUGUGUAUCCUUACACAUAUCAAGGAGGCUACUUCUAUCGUAACAAAAUGUACGAGGAAGCAUUCGAAAGUUGGGCAAAUGCUAGUGACGUUAUAAGAUUAUAUAACUAUUCGAGGGAUGAUGAGGAGAUUUAUAAAGAAUUUCUUGAGAUCGCGAAUGAAUUAAUACCUCAAAUUAUGAAAACCGAAAGUUCCGGUUUUAGUGCUAACACAAUUUUGAAAAAGUCAAAAUGCUUCGCCGAUUUGCUUCGAUUUUACGAUGGAAUUUGUCAGUGGGAAGAGGGAAGUGCUACCCCAGUGUUACAUAUAGGAUGGGCCAAACCUUUGGUCCUUACAAUAUCAAAAUUCGACGCUGAUGUUAGGGCUCAGGUGAAUAUUGUCUGUGAUAAGUCUGAAGAAGACAAAUUAUUAAAAAAAAAUGGUUCAUAUUUUAAUAACAAUAAUAAUAAUAAUUAUGAGAAGGAGAACGGAUCUGCUAAUACCGAUCUAGUUGUAAAUAGUACAAAACAAACUGGAGAAAAGGAUAAAUCGCCUUUUCAUCCUAGUAUAGAAGCAUUAACAGCUGCAUGUUCAGAAAAAAUAUUAAAUCCUGAGUAUCUGUUACAAGGUGACGGUUCACCAUUUGUAGGUGGUGAUUACCCUGAUGUCUCACCCUCAAAUUCCCCGCAAGAAUCCACAGAAAAACUCAAUGGAGGACCUAGUACUUCGAAAGAAGUACCAAUAGAUGAACAUUCACAGGAUGUAAGACCUACGGUGGUCCUUCACAGUCAAAAAAUGAAGCAGCUGAAAGAUUUGUUGUUGGCUGAAAAACUAAAUACGCAAGCCAUAUCUCUUCACCUGACGGCACAAUCACAGGUGCAGGUGGGUAAGAAAGGUAGAGGAGAAGGUGAUCAUGUCAGGCCUAAGCGAGCACGUAGGGAAUAAAUUGUAAGGAAAAGGGUGAGAGCAACAAGGUACUUAAUAUAUUGUAAAAGUGAAUUUUUUUUGUUAAUUUAUUUUUUUACGCGAAAAAUGUCUUUUUUUUGUUAUUGUUUGUUGAAUGGUAGAUAUCGAGGGAUUCACUUACUUGUGACCAUGAAGUUGAUGUAAUGUGGAAAACUUUUUUAUUAUCAAGUUUAGGGAAAAAUUAUUCUUAAUAAAACGUUCUGCUUGCUUUAAAAUAUAAAACACAAUAGGUAGAUAUCAAAUUUUUUCAGUCGCAUACGAGGUAUGUUAAAAAAUAUGAAAUUUACUUUAUAUCUGUCCCCAAAUUUUGAAACAAUGUCUAUCUUUUUUAUUAUUAAUUUUAAGAAAAAAAGUUAUUCUUGAUAAAACGUUCUGCUUGCUUUAAAAUAUAAAACACAAUAGGUAGAUAUCAAAUUUUUUCAGUCGCAUACGAGGUAUGUUAAAAAAUAUGAAAUUUACUUUAUAUCUGUCCCCAAAUUUUGAAACAAUGUCUAUCUUUUUUAUUAUUAAUUUUAAGAAAAAAAGUUAUUCUUGAUAAAACGUUCUGAUUGCUUUAAAAUAUAAAACACAAUAGGUAGAUAUCAAAUUUUUUCAGUCGCAUACGAGGUAUGUUAAAAAAUAUGAAAUUUACUUUAUAUCUGUCCCCAAAUUUUGAAACAAUGUCUACCUUUUUUAUUAUUAAUUUUAAGAAAAAAAGUUAUUCUUGAUAAAACGUUCUGAUUGCUUUAAAAUAUAAAACACAAUAGGUAAAUAUCAAAUUUUUUCAGUCGCAUACGAGGUAUGUUAAAAAAUAUGAAAUUUACUUUAUAUCUGUCCCCAAAUUUUGAAACAAUGUCUACCUUUUUUAUUAUUAAUUUUAAGAAAAAAAGUUAUUCUUGAUAAAACGUUCUGAUUGCUUUAAAAUAUAAAACACAAUAGGUAAAUAUCAAAUUUUUUCAGUCGUAUACGAGGUAUGUCAAAAAACAUGAAAUUUACUUAGAAAUAAAAUACUUUUAUUAUUUGUUAAAAUAUUCGAAAUUUUUAUUAAAAAGAGUUAAUUGAAACUUAAAUUUACGUUAAAUAGAUCGAUUUACUUUGAGAAUUUUAGUCAUUUUUUGAUAACUGUCUAAUUUUGAACGAAAAUGUGUCAUUAUAGUAAAAAAAUUAUUUUCUCAAUUUAAAAACAUAUUUUGCGGUGAAUUUUAGUACUGAUCAUUGUUUUUUUCAACAAAAUUUCAUAUUAAAAAUAUAAAAUUCAUAUUUUUUUCAAAAAUCUCAGAAUUAAUUAAAAAUAAUUUAAAAUCUGAUGAUCAGUUUUAAGAUUUUAUCAUACAAAACGUUUUAUCAAAAUUAAUUUUUGUUUUCACAACAUUAAUAAAAAGUUUUUCACGUGUUAUCAACUCAAGGGGGCAUAUUAUAUAUUUUUAUUUAUUUAAUUAUGGAAUAUAUUUUACAAAAUACCCCCUCCCUUACUUUUUUAUUAUUAAUUUUAGGAAAAAAAAUUAUUCUUUAUAAAACGUUCUAAAUAUUCUAAAAAUUAAAAUACAAUAAUCAGAAAAGAAAUUUUUCAAAUCGUAUACGAGGUAUGUCAAAAAAUAUGAACAUCAAAUCGAAAAGUAUGUUUUUAUUCAUUAAAAUCAAAAAAUUCUUUUUAAUAAAUUGAUUAGAACUAAAAAACUACACUAAAUUAAGUAUUCACAUAAUUUUUUUUAUAAAAAAUUUUGUUAUUAAUAAUAUUACGAAAUUACUAAUAUUUUUUGACAUAACUUAUAUACUAUUAAAAAAAUUGCAAAUCUGAUGAUUGUAUUUUAUAUUUUAGAUCACGUAUAACGUUUUAUAAAGAAUCAAUUUUUUUGUUAAAAUUAAUACUAACAAAAUUAUCCACUUGAUUCCAAUUCAACGAGACGUACUGUACAUUUUUAUUUAUUUAAUUACAAAAGAGAUGCUGGUUUUCUCUUUAAUAAAUUUGUACAUCUAAUAAUUGAAUUUUCAACUAUUUAUAUAACUUUAUUUCCCAUAUUUGACUAUAGAAAACGUUUCGACUGUUCGGAUUAUCAUCUUCAGUAUUACGAUUGAUAUUAUUGACCAAUUUGUACUAUAUUUGUAUAUAUAGUAUUAUUAUUGGUAAUUCCUCGGUAUCUAUGAUUCGUUGUUUGAACAUCUAAUUAAAAAAAAACUUGUAGAAUAGACAACUAUUUUUUGACAUAUUAAAAUUGUUGAUUUAUAUUAUGUAUUUAAUAACAAAAAAAUCAACAGUUUUUCUUAUAUAUUGGUACAAAGAAAAACAUAAUGCAGGGCAUUAGAAUAAAAAAAAUCAAAAAGGAUAUUUUACCUACAGUUAUAUACAAGGUGUUUAUCGAAAGACGUUCUUUAUCGAAUGGACAUCCUGUACAUCACAAUAAUAUAGAAGUUAGCUCUAUAUAUAUAAAUAGGUGAAAUUUUUCAUCAAAUAUUUGAUGUGAUCGCACUUUUUUAUUAAAAUAAUUAUUUUUUAACUUGCCAUUUUUAGCUGAUAACCUCAAUUUCAUAUUUUUUUUUUUUUUGAUAAUAGCGAACAGUAUUAUUAUGAUUUUUAAGAACUGAUUAACUCUCGUUAUUUAAUUUAAGUUUAAACUAUAGUUGCGUAAACCCAUUGAACGGAUGGUAAGAGUGCAACGGGUAAAGUGCCAUCAAAGUUGGUAUCCCUUUUCCAUAUAUGUUUCCAUUAAUUCCUAUCCCGUAUCUUAUAUUUUAUUCCUUUCCAUUUAAUCCUUCCCUUUUCGUAAGUUUAUUCUCCAUAUAUCUUCGGUAUUAAUCGUUCUCCUUCUACACUGAUACAAAUUGACAUAUAUACAUAUUGACAUUUGACAAUUACAAGAUUAUUUGCAAUACCAACACAUAUUGACAUAUACACACACACUGACAUUUGACAAAUGUACACUAUUACACAUUUUGACAAAUGCGCGUUGAUUUUCAAUCCUGGCUUGUAUUGACAUAUAUUUAUGUAGACAUAUGACAAGUUGACAUUUAUAUGUAACAUUGGUACAUAUUGACAUAUAUACAUAGUGACAUUUGACAUUGUACAUUUAUAUAAAACUUUGGUAUAUAUUGACACAUAUACACACAUAGAUAUUUGACAGUUGUACAUUUAUUGAUACCAUUUAUUCAAAUUUAUUUUUUUUAUAUUUUUCAAAUAUGAUGAAUGUACCCACACUUUAUACAGUUUAUGUACUAUCUAUAUACGGGAUGUCGUCGAAAAUGAUAUUCAAUUCUCAUUACGAUGACUGCAACGUUGUGGUUACAAUUUUAUUUUAUAUGAUAUAGGUUAGGUUAUACCAGUGAUUUUAUCAUCUAACCGUUGCACAUCUUACCAAUAAAUCUAACAAUAAUUAUUUAUAUAUAUAUUGAAAUAAUACUGUUGUAACUUAUUUUUUCGCAAUAAUAUUAAGUGUCACUUUCAUUUUGUGAUGGUCGGUCGUUUAUAAUUGAUCGAUAUUUGUAUUUUCGAUUUGCAAUUUAAAUUUUAUGAGUUUUUAAUUAUGUCACGUGCGUAUAACUUGAAGUUGGCUAAGAAAAACGUCAAGCAUAGUACACUUAUGAUUUUUUGAUAUCAAUCGAAUGUCAGCUAUGGAACGUUUUAUAAUUCUUUUAUGUCAGCCAUGGAACUGUCAAUCAUUAUCCGUCUUGGAACAUUUAAUUGUCGGUUAUGGAGCAUUUUUAAUUAUUUGCUGUCAAUCUAUGUCAGUCAUAGAACUUUUUAUAUUUUUUUUCUGUCAGUGUCAGUUAUGGCAACAUUUUAUAACUUUCAGCUGUCAAUCAUGAAACGCUUUAUACAAACUAAUUUGUGGAAUUAUUUGAUUCGAAAUUAACCUUAUAACAUGAGAUUAAGUAAAUUUUGACAGUUUUCUUCAUUUUAUAACUAAUAAUUAUAAAAAAAAAUUGAUUAUAGUUAAUUUCAAUUUAACUAAUGUGAUAGUAACAUCAUUUUAUAAACGACUGAUUCCGUUUUGACUAGCACUUUAUAUACAUACAUAUACACUUUGUGCUUGUAGCAAUUUUUUUAUGCACCUCGUUCGUUAGAAGGAUGACGUUUCUUCACUUAUUUUAUUAUUAUUAUUUUUUUAGUCGUUAAGUGGUAAUUGUUAUACAUUCCGUAUGUGAUUAGAUCACGUAGUAGUGUAUGUUUAGGUUGUUGAAUGCAUAUAAAUCUUUUAUUGUAUCUUGAGACUUUACAAGAAACUACAAGCAGAAAAUGCGGUGAAAGUAUCCAAACUAAAUAGUGUUAAAUCGACUGGAAGUUGAUUUAGUUCAUUCGAACUAAUUGGAAAUUAAAUCCUUGACUCGAUUGGAUGCUAUUAAUUUGGUUCAUUCGGACUAAUUCAAAAUUUCAAGAGGUAUUUGGACGUAGACGGUUCGGUUCAUUUGAACUACUUGAAUAUUUUGAGUUAAUUUGAUACAAACAAUUUGGUUCAUAUGAACUACUUGAUGAUACAUUUUGAAAGUCAAUUCGAUGUAGCGCGAUUGGUUCAUUUGAACUACUUGAAAAUCCAUUUUUAAAGUCAGUUUAUUCGGACGGUUCAUUUGAACUAAACGAGGACCGAUUUUUUUGAGUAAGUUGUAUAGGAAUAUGUCGGUUCAUUUGAACUACGUGACGAUACAUUUUAAAAGUCAGUUUGAUGCAGACUGUUUUAGUUUAUUUGAAAUACUUGAAUAUUCUGAGUUAGUUUGAUGCAGACGGUUUGGUUCAUUUGAACUAAUUGGAGAUCGAGAUCAAGAAUCAGUUUGAUGCAGACGGUGUAGUUCAUUUGAAUUAUUUGCAGAUCGAUUUCGAGAGUUAGAUGCAAUUAAUUUUGUUCAUUAGAACCAAUUAAAUAUCGGUCUAAUGAUUCAGUUGUAUAAGGAUAGUUGUGGGUUCAUUUGAACUACUCAAAGAGUGUCUUGAACCAGUUACAUGGUUCAUAUGAACUAAUCGAAGUUUCUUUCUAGUAAUUUUUACCAUGCUGUAUAAUAAUCAACUUUAUUCACGUUGUUUUCGUUCAUUUCUUUCUAAGUAUUUGUAAUAUCGUCAAAUUACAGAUCCGGCAUAGCCCGAAACGUUCCAAAUAAUCAAUUUUCUUUUAUGAUAAAUAUUAUAGAGACUUGGAGUUUCUUGUAACGUCCAUUAGCGAAGUUGAUCUGAAAUAUGUCGAUCUUUGCAUAGUUUUUUCGUGCUAUUUAUUAUUAUAUGUUAAUUGGAUCUCGUUAGCCGUUUAAUUUCCACUUUGACAACCGAUAAAUUGAUAUAUUUUCACGUUUUCCAUGGAAGAAAUUAUUCCGCAAUAAAUUUUUAGUCGAAUACAACAAUAGUUUCCUCGUAUAUAUAUAUAUAAUUUUUUUAUAACGAGAUAAAUUAACAUAAAUUGCCGUUACCUCAUAAAUAAGAGUCGUAUUUUAUGCUGAUUGAAUAUGUAAUAUAUAAAAAAUAUCGAUGGUUUUUCUCACAAUGAUAAAAUAUCGACCGGUUUCGAUUUUAUUGGGACUCUUCAGCACAGGGUAACGAAAUUUUCACAAUUUAGUCGUUUUUUCUUUUAUAUACGAGCUAAAAUUGAUGUAUCUGAUCGAUUACUAUAUUAUGUUUCGAAGAAAAUUAAAUUUUUCAAUCAGAAAAAUGUCGUCUCUGAAGUUUCUGAACGAUUUUUAUGAUUCGCAGUAACAAUUUUCGUUUUUCUCUGUUUAAUAACCUCGUUCGGUGAAAAUAUCAGUCCUGUGAGACAAAUUUUUAGGUUAGGAUACAGUAAAAAGUCACUAUGAACCGGAUCUGAUUUAUAUGGUGUGUGGUUAAUCAAUUUUUAUAGUUUCAGCUCUCAAUUUGAUUUAACCUACUUCGUUACUUUACAAUAAUAAAAUAUCGACCGGUUUUGAUCUUAUUGGGACUGUUGAGCACAGGGGAACGAAAUUUUUACAAUUAAGUCGUUUUUUCUUGGCGAAUUUUUCCAAUAUUUAAGUAAAUGUCAAAUAACAAUAGACUCUUUUUCCAGUCUUAAUAUCGAGUUUGGAAACUUUUAAGACAAUCCUCGUAUAUAUCAUGGAAUAAUAAUUUUUUUUAUUAAAUUCAAUCAGCAUUUCUAAUCAAAAAUACCUAAUUUUUUCGCUUAUUUACAAUUUACUGUGGGUUGAAGUGUAAAUAUUAGUAAUAUACUGCUCUACAUAAAAUAUAGGGUAACCAAGUCUGAAAAAACAAGUUUCGGUUAAUCGUUGUGUUAUUUUGGACUUGAAUUGACGUAAUACAUUCAAAAUCAUAAAUAAAACUAUAAAAAUAAAUGUUAAAAUAACGAUUUAGUGAAUAUGUUUCAAAUAUCCGAUUUUAUUUUUGUAUUUUGGAGACUAGACAAUAUUGUAAUUGUUAGUUAUGACCGAUCGUAAAAUUUUCGUUUUAGACGGAACAGAAUGGUGUAAAAUUCAAAUGGAAUUUUUUAUAUUUGAAACAGUUUUUCAAUUAACGAUGGCUCUUGAUAAUAUAAACAUUUUGAUCGAGUACACAGUCAGCUUUUGCGAAAGGGAAAACCAAGGAUCGUUGUUAAUUGAAGUACCUGUAUAUUUGAUCCAUUUUACCGUAUUUGUACUGUAUUUUGACUUAUUAGGACGUUUUAACAACUCUUAGUUUGAAUUCAGUCCCCUUGGUGAGCAGAAUAGUGGGCGCCCUUAUGAUAGGCCAGCCGUACCCCGUUUAACAUUAUUAAAGGCUGAUGUCCUUUAGAAACCCAGUCUAAAAUACCUUAAUUAGUUGUUUUAAUCAGUACUUUUUCUUCAUUAUUCAUCAUUUGGGUACAAUUUUUCCACUUUGACAAAGAAUCUUAAACGUCUGCCAGUUGUAACUCUUCAAACGACUCUAAAAAUACUAUAUUCAGUACUUCAUCUACAGUAUUUGUGAUUUCGAUUCAGUUUUUCCACUUCUAUGAAGAAUCCAUUGUUCAUAUCAUCAUCAUUUGACUAUAUUACUAUAAUCAGUAAUCAUCCAUAAAAAACUUUCAAGGGAUUUCGUAUUUUUGCAACCAACUCAUCUAUAAAUUCCCUAGGUGUUUUAAUGUCCUUAUUCAAGUCAAAAUAUAACGUUACAACAACUAUUCAUGUACAAAUCUUUUAUUUAUUAAAUUUUAAAAAUAAUUUAAUCGUUCUGUUAGGUAUGGUGGAAAAGGAACAAUUCUCCAAUUGAAUAGAUUUUUUUUUAGUGUAAGUAAUUGUAAUAUUUAUAAAACAACGUGAUUAUCAAGUUUUGAAUUUACCUUGCGAAAAGAUCUUUUAAAUUAUGAAAAUUGAAGUACUUGAUCGUAUUUUGAAAUUUUAAAGUUUAAGGCUUCGUAUCCAACUCGCUCUUCAUGAAAAACAACUUAGGGAAUGUAGUUUGAAACAAUUUUAUUUUCACACAUCUCGAUUAUUAUUUCCAUAUAUUCUUAUUAUAUUAAUAACCCUUUUUUGUAAUUUCCUUUGCAUCAAUAAUUUUACGACCAUUUUGUUUAUCCCUAACUAAGAACACAAAACGCAAAAAUAUAUAACGUCCGCUCCCAUCGACGUUCACACCGUAACUACUCUAGUUAUGCUCUUGGAUCUAAUUCCGAUUCAGUUAAGGAGUAAUCGCUGCGCACUUUAAAAAUUGUCGUUCUGUGUUCACGGAUCACAUCGAUUUCGUUAAUUAUUGAUUGCGAUUUAGUUAAUCAUUGAUUAUGGAUAAACAUUAGCAGUUCCAUAGAGAAAGCGAGGCAGAAGAUGAGAAUUCGUUGACUAGUAGAGGGAGAUAGAAAGUGAUAAAUCGAUGCUUUGUCUCGUCCAAUAGUACAAUUUCAUUUAUAUGCCUCUCUAUCUUCUAUAUCGUUAGAAACUAAUUCUCGCGAACAAAGCUUUUGAUACACUGCAAAAAAUAAUCAUCCAUUUCGUGCAAUAGGUGUUAUAUAUACACGUUUUAAGUGUAGUGAAAACUUUUUUUACUGUUAUUUUUUAAAGAAAACGAUGACAUUCGUGUGAUGGUAUAAUUUUGUUGUUUAAAAACGAAGUAGAUUGGUUUAAAAGCGUUAUUUUUCAGUAUUACGUCAUUAUAUACUACAUUUCUAAUAUAUGAAGUGUUUCGAGUGAUUUGACUGAAUAUAUAUACAGGGUAAAGUGGUCCACGAGUGUGUAAUUUAUAUUAUUGAAUAUGUUUUUUUAAUAUAUUGUCAGUAUAUUUGUUCCUUUUUCAUUUUUGUACCAUUAAAAAAAAAUGAAGCAGCAAAAUUUUAGAUGUUAUUGUAGUCUGUGAUGAAAUAAGGGUGACUAACGUAUUUAUUGAUUAUACUUGUAGAAUAGAAAUAUUAAGUAUUAUUGACACACGUAUUUUUCUAACAAAAAAAAUAUAAGAAUCUUCCAUUUAAUGACUAGUCGAAGAACAAAUUUUCAAAUUAAAAAGUGGAAAAACAAAUGGUAAUAGGAUAAUACAUAUCGGAAAAGGGGGAGAAUAUGAAAAAAAUGAAGGGAAUAAUAAUUUACGGUCGAUCUGAGGUCGGGAAAUGAAAGGGGGUGAGGUUUUAAGGGUGAAAAACGAUUGAUUUCGAUUUGUAUUCAAAGUAUAAGUCAUAUGGAAAAAAGUUGUAGGUAAUUUUCUUAUCGUACGAAAUUUGGUGAAAACUUGCAACUUUUCUCUUCAGCUUUUUUCCAUAAAACUUGUAGUUUCACCACGAAUUGAGUUAAACAGUUUUUUACCUUCAAAAAAUCACCCUAUUCCAUUUCCCAUCUUCAAGACGCCAGUAAAUUAUUUUUAUUAAAUUCUCUUCCUUUCCCAAUGAGUUUCAUCCUAUUAUUAUUUUGUUUUAAAAAAUUUUCAACUCUGUCUAUAUUUUAGACAAUUUAAUUUUAAUGUUUGUUCAAUGACUGGCCUAAAUUUUAUUUGUUAAUGUUAAAUUAUUAUGAGAAGUUUAACUUUGAAGUUUGGAAAAUGAUUGUAUAAGUAUUGUUAAUAUUUGGUAGGUUUUCUUGAAUAUGUACAACACUUUUAGAUUAAUUCUAAUUCAUUUAUUGCGUGUAUACAGGUAGAACUUUACAUAAAUAUGUGUAUUUUCUCGCCCACUAUCAAUAAUAAAAUAAUCCAUAAUU